AAGUUGCUGUCCGUAUCGCUAGACGUGCACGUAUUAUGCAAAUAUUUUAUGGCGGGCAGCCAUUCCUUGGAGCCUUGCUAUCAUAUGGGGACAGUGUGCCGUUAGCAGUGUCGUCCAGAGUAUACGAUUACAGUCGGAUGGUCCAUAAGGGGUCCCUAUUUCUCGGAAGCAAGACCUCAGUGACGUCACCUCGUGCCGCAGCGAUAAGCUCUCGCCGCCGUGCAGACAUCGACUCGUUCAGUGCACCUGCUGCAGCCGACUGAUCCGUACCUUUCCGAGCGCCCCCAUGGCGGUGCCGGUGUUCUACCAUAUGUCCGAAAGCGGGAAGUCGCGCGCCGCCCUCGCCGUGGCGCGGCUUUUGGGCGUCCGCUUGCAGGUGCGCGAAGUCGACCUCUUCGACAAGGCGCUGCUACCGGCGGACUUCGUCGCUGCCAAUCCCCGGUGCACUGUUCCCACGCUAAACGACGAUGGGUUUGUCAUCACCAACAGUUAUGUGAUUGCUACUUAUCUAGCAGACAAAUAUGGUAAAAAUGAAGAAUUCUAUCCAAAAUCUAUAAGAGAGAGGUCAAUAUUUUCUGCCUUUUUCAAUAAACCAUCUUCUGUUCCAAAAGAAAAAGAAAAGAAAGUAUAUGAAGUUCUGGGAUGGCUGAAUGAGUAUUUCAUUAAGACAGAAUGGGUAGCUGGAAAUCACAUCACUCUAGCUGAUGUCCUGGGGGUAGAUAUCCAAAGAUUUCCUGGAAUUGAGAAAUGGAUGGGGCAAUGUCAAGAAGUUUUGAAUGACUAUGAUGUUAUAAAGAAACGUUUAGAUCAUGCCCAAGAAAUCCCAGCAAACAAAGAAAACAAUAACAACUAGAAAAAUGAAUGCUGAUUCUACAUACAUUAUUACAACUUCAAUAAUACUGUAAUAAAUAAUAAUAAACUGACAAAUGUUUUUAAAAACAUGCCUUUCUUAUAUGACUCUUAAUACGUUCUGGUGCGCCUGUCACGUCGCAGGAUUCGUCAGG